AGAUGGACUUGACUACAAGUUUUACAGAGGAUUUCCUCACAUGCCCAAUCUGUUGUGAAGUCUACACUAAACCAGUGUGUCUGCCUUGUUAUCAUGUAUUCUGUGAAUCGUGUUUGCAGACGCUAAUCAGAAAAUCAGUUGUUGAUGACAAAAAAACCCUUUGUCCAAUCUGUAAGAAAACGUUUAAUUCAGAGUCGAAAUUUGAAUACGAUCAUGCACUUAUGAAUUUAAUCGAGGAACUCUCUGUGAAAGGUAAAUUACUUUGUUCGUUUUGCCAGCUACGGUCAGAGCAGAAAGAGGUAGUUUCAAAAUGUUUAACUUGUAACGAAUUGUUGUGUGACGUUUGCAGUAGGUCAAGACACACCUUCACAACUUUAACAGGCAAUCACAAAGUUGUUUCUUACAAAGAUUUUUUGGCGGGAAAAUAUGAAUUAGAGAGUACAAACAUCGUAUGCAAGAGACACCCCGCAAUGAACAUUGAGUUUUAUUGCCAGGUUUGUCGAAUUCCAUUCUGUAAAGAUUGUUUUUAUUUCGAACACAGGGGUCAUGAUUAUGUCAAUAUAUCACAGGUGAAAAAAGAGAUAGAGAAAGAAGCAGAAGAAGUAUUAGAAAAUUUGAAAGAAACUAGCAAUGCAAUACAAAAACGACAGUCAGCUUUGGAAUUAAUAGAAAAAGAAAUAUUAGAGAAUGAAAAGGCUUCUUUAAAGAAAGUCGAGGUCGCUUUCGACUACUUCCUCGAGCGAUUGGUUGUUCAACGUAAGAACUCUGAGCAUGAAAUUAAAGAAAAAACAGAAGAAGGAAAACAGAAAAUCGAGGCUUUAACUCUACAAAAUUUUAAAACGACAGAGAAAUUAAAAGGAUUAAUUUUCUUUCAGAAAAAAAUACUUUGGAGUAAAAGGGAUUCAAAAAUUGUCUUCUUGCGACAAGAUGUACGAAAAAGUUUAGGAAUGGUCGAGAAGCCAAGUAGUACAGAAUUAUGCGUUUCUUUAACAGAUUUUAAGAUGGGUAAUGCAAAAGAAUUCAAUGCAUUUGAUUUGAAAAAAGUCAAGGUAUAUAGACAGAUUGGACCAGAUGGGAUAUUGGCCGAUAGGUGUAAUGCCGAUGGUACUAAAACUAAAUUGUCUCAACGAUGUGUACAGGGUGAUAAAGAAGUCAGUCAGGUAAGGGAGGAAGUUCUGGUAUUUGCUCAAACACCGGUCCCUUCAAAAGUCGAACUUGAACCUAACCACGAAAAACUUAUGUCAACAAGAAAACAUGAAAAGUCCUUUGACCAAAAUACGAACGACAUUGAUCUUAAACUGAAGAACAGUGAGCAAGAUGAAUCCAAAAACAAGAAUAAAUUUAAAGAUUGUGGAGAAAACGAAACAUCUGAAAACACAAGUGGUAUUGCAGACGUGGAUACAGGUACUUCUAUGGAGCAGAAGCAAUCUGUACAGACACCUCAGCAUACUGUCGUAAUUGACAUUUAUGGUAAAGGGAAGAAGCCACCAGUAGUAAAAUAUACUGAUGUGACGUGGAUAGACCAAUCGACGUAUGUUGUAGCUGACGAGGAGAAUGAAAAUAUCAUAAUAAUCAAAUUAGCUGAAAAAAAUGUAGAACGGCGGUUGAUACGUGUCAAAGAUGCUGUUACCGUGGCAAAGUUUGAUGACUAUCUUGCUGUGAAAACGCUCGCUUGUCAGGUGAAAAUUUUCACUUAUCCUGAACUUAAACUUUCAAAGACUUGUGAUGGAGUAAGCGCAAUUGCAGCACAUUCGUCGAACCUGAUAUUGGUGUCCAAAGGUUACAUUGAGAUACAUGUAUCAAAUAAACUUGCAGUCGAAAAAAAGAUUUCUUUUCAAGAAAAAGGAAACGCAUUUAAAUUCAAAAAUGUUUUUGCCGCCUGCUACCUUUCAAACAAAACGUUCGCUGUUGCAGAUUCUAUUGAUAGGUACCUGUGUUUUAUUGACUCUGAAGGCAAUAUAAACGCCAAAGUCGGUUAUACAGAAUCAGGGUCUUUUGGUACAAUUGCUUGUGAUAAAAACAACUUGGUCUACCUAGCUAGUUUUAACAAGGAUCUCGUAAAAGUCUAUAACACAAAUGCGACGUGUGUGAGAAGAAUUUCUCUAGGCGGAGUUUUGUGUACAAGAAGUUUAUCUGUGCUUUCGGAUAACCAAAUUUUGAUUGCAACUCGAGAUGUAGUUUUAUUAUACAACCUGUAAUACAUGCAUGCAUAAAUUAAUUUACAGUGUAUUUACAUUCACUUUAAGUAUUUUCUCUUCUAUCAGUUGAGAAAAACGAUAAGCAGUUUGAAAGAAGUCUGGAUAUUAUCAAUAUUUCCCUUAAAAUUUAGAUAUGAUUUCAUUAGUCAUGUAUUAUUAUUAGAAGUAAAGAAAAAUCAUAAUAUUUUGUAUUCAAAAUUUAAAUCAAACAAAGGGGUUUUUAAUUGUAAAGGGGAUUAAUACAGUCUAAAAUUAAAACGACUAGCCAGCCAUCUAUGAACAAAAUGAACGACAAA